UCCUCUAACACUUCCUCUCGCCCGCCUCUCCUUCUUUCACUGUUUCAUUCGUCUCUCAGCUCCACCGAUACGACUGCUUACUGCUCAACAGCAAUGGCGAUCAAUACUCCUCCAACGUCAGCUCAGCAAGGGCACAAAGCACUCCACUACACUAUUAUAAGGGCUGUUCGAGAUGAGGACCUGGCAGAACAAAUUGGAAGGGAUAUAUAUUUUGACCUUGUUGAUCAUGACAAAGUUCGUAAAUUCCGUAUUCACGAACAAAUGCCCUUUAAUCUUUUCAAGGAGGAGGUUGCAAAAGAGUUUGGCAUACCUGUGCGGUUUCAGCGUUUCUGGAUUUGGGCCAAGAGACAAAACCACACCUGUCGCCCCCAUCGACCAUUGACACCUGGGGAAGAAUCACAAUCAGUUGGACAAUGUAGAGAGGUAUCAAAUAAAAUGCACAAUAAGGAGCUAAAGUUGUUUUUGGAAGUAGAAUUUGGGCCGAAUCUACGUCCUAUUCCUCCUCCUGAAAAAACCAAUGAAGAUAUCCUGCUUUUUUUAAAGCUUUAUGAACCUGAGAAACAAGAACUACGUUUUGUUGGCAGGCUUUUCGUGAAGAGUUCUUCAAGGCCAGUAGAUAUUUUAGCAAAGUUGAAUCAAUUUGCUGGUUUUCCCCUUGAUGAAGAACUUGAAAUUUAUGAGGAAAUAAAGUUUGAGCCUGUUGUCAUGUGCGAACACCUUGAUAAGAUGUUCUCGUUUUGGUUGAGCCAGAUUGGAGAUGGGGACACUAUAUGCUUUCAGAAAUCUACUCUGCUUGAAAUAGACGAAGGAUGUAAAUACCCUGAUGUUCCUUCAUUUUUGGACUAUGUGCUCGAUCGCCGGGUUGUUCAUUUCCAUUCUUUGGAGAAACCGAUGGAGGAGGAUUUUUGUUUAGAAUUGUCAAAGCUACACACUUACGAUGAUGUGGUGGAGAAAUUAGCUCACCACAUUGGAUUGGAAAAUCCCACCAAAAUCAGACUCACUGCACAUAACUGCCAUUCUCAACAACCUCAGCCCCAGCCAAUAAAAUAUCAGGGAGUAGAGCAUUUAAAAGAAAUGUUAACUCAUUACAACCAAAGCUCAGAUAUUUUGUACUAUGAAGUCUUGGACAUUCCCCUGCCAGAAUUGGAAAGGCUAAAAACUCUAAAAAUUGCUUUUCUUCAUGCUACAAAAUAUGAGGUGGGGAUUCACAGUAUUAGAUUGCCGAAACAGAGCACUGUUGGGGAUCUGAUUAAUGUACUUAAAACGAAGGUAGAGCUGUCUCAUCCAAAUGCAGAACUGCGACUGCUUGAGAUUUUUUAUCACAAGAUCUACAAGAUCUUCCCAUACAGUGAGAAAAUGGAGAAUAUUAAUGACCAGUACUGGACUUUGCGUGCAGAGGAGAUUCCAAAAGAAGAGAAAAACUUGGAUCGCUAUCGUCGCUUGAUUCAUGUUUACCACUUCACGAAAGUCACUGUAUUGAACCAGAUGGUAGAAGAAGUACACAAUUUUGGGGAACCUUUCCUAUUCGUUAUCCAUGAAGGGGAAACUUUAGCUAAAGUUAAAAAAAGGAUACAAAAGAAAUUGCAAGUCCUGGAUGAGGAGUUCUCAAAGUGGAAGUUUGCAGUCGUGUCACUUGGUGGUCCAGAGUACCUGCAGGAUUCUGAUAUUGUUUCCCGACGAUUUCAGAGCAGAAAUGUUUAUGGUGCAUGGGAGCAGUACCUUGGGUUGGAGCACUCUGAUAAUGCUCCUAAGAGGGCUCACGCAGCAAAUCAAGUAGGUUCAAGUACAAGCUGCUAAAAGCGCUACAGAACUCGAGGCUGAACUGGCCCGAGUAAAGGCAGAAUGAGCAGAGGCAAUGGCGGAUCUAGAAACUGCGGUGGAUGAAAUGGAACCUCUUAAGCAGAGGUUCGCAGAUAGCUCCUUAAAAUCUGAAAACUUGAUUGUGAGGCAGACUACAUUGACAUUACAAAAGUGUGGCUCUGUUGGAACCUGGGCCGUCCUACAAGAUGCACUGAAGAAGUACUUUUAAUUUUUAGAAAUAUUUGCUUUUGUGAAUAAGCCCUUUCUUGGCCCAAAAGUUUGUAUGAACACGUCGUAAGAAAUUCAGGUAGCUUGUUUCCUCACAUUGCUCGAGUCUGAAUGGGAAGGAAGAUUGUGCUGA